CACGUCACUGCCGGCGCCUGGUCCGGUCCGAGUUCCCGGCCAGCCACCCUCCAGCCCGCAUAGUGACUUGGGUUCUGGCGUCCUGAUUUCGGCGUCGGUUUAGACCAGGCGAACAAACUAACACAAGAGUUGGUCAGUCUGAAGGGCAGGGGCCAGGACACAGAGGCUGUAGUUCGUGGACGGUGUUGGCCAGGCGGUCUGCAGGCCCCUUGGAGCCUGGGAUUGACUCCCGUCGCCCACAGUCGAGAUGAAGGCACUGAUCUUGGUGGGCGGCUAUGGAACGCGGCUGAGACCGCUAACGCUGAGUACCCCGAAGCCGCUGGUAGACUUCUGCAAUAAGCCAAUCUUGCUGCACCAAGUGGAAGCCCUUGCCGCGGCAGGCGUGGAUCACGUGAUCCUGGCCGUGAGCUACAUGUCGCAGGUGCUGGAGAAAGAAAUGAAGACUCAGGAGCAGAGGCUGGGAAUCCGAAUCUCCAUGUCUCAUGAAGAGGAGCCUUUGGGGACAGCUGGGCCCCUGGCACUGGCCCGUGACCUGCUCUCUGAGACUGCAGACCCUUUCUUCGUCCUCAACAGCGACGUGAUCUGUGAUUUCCCUUUCCAAGCCAUGGUGCAGUUCCAUCGGCACCACGGUCAGGAGGGCUCCAUCCUGGUGACCAAGGUGGAGGAGCCUUCUAAGUAUGGUGUGGUGGUAUGUGAGGCUGACACGGGCCGAAUUCACCGGUUUGUGGAGAAGCCACAGGUAUUUGUGUCCAAUAAGAUCAAUGCAGGCAUGUACAUCCUGAGCCCUGCAGUGCUGCAACGCAUCCAGCUGCAGCCUACGUCCAUUGAGAAGGAGGUCUUCCCCAUUAUGGCCAAGGAGGGGCAGCUAUAUGCCAUGGAGCUGCAGGGAUUCUGGAUGGACAUCGGACAGCCCAAAGAUUUCCUCACUGGCAUGUGUCUCUUCCUUCAGUCACUGAGGCAGAAGCAGCCUGAGCGAUUAUGCUCAGGCCCUGGCAUUGUGGGCAAUGUUCUUGUGGACCCAAGUGCCCGUAUUGGCCAGAACUGCAGCAUUGGUCCUAAUGUGAGUCUGGGUGCUGGUGUGGUGGUGGAGGAUGGUGUGUGCAUCCGACGGUGCACAGUGCUGCGGGAUGCCCACAUACGCUCCCACUCCUGGCUUGAGUCGUGCAUUGUGGGCUGGCGCUGCCGUGUGGGCCAGUGGGUGCGUAUGGAGAAUGUAACAGUGCUGGGCGAGGAUGUUAUAGUUAACGACGAGCUCUACCUCAAUGGAGCCAGCGUGCUACCCCACAAGUCUAUUGGUGAAUCAGUGCCAGAGCCUCGUAUCAUCAUGUGAGGGGAAGCCUGGGGCUGGUCGAGCCCCCAUUUCCCCAUCAGCAGGGGAGCACUGGCUUGACACAUCAGAAGGCCCUGGACUUGGUGCCAUUUAUCUGGGGAGGACUGGAUGAGGAUGAAGCUGGUGGACACUUGCCUUCUCACUUGGACAUAAACUAGCAGAAUCCCUGCUGGGCCACACCCCACAAACCCCACUCCCUUAAGAAGGGCCAGGGCCAGGGCUGUAUGGAAUAAUAAUUUAAUGUUUACUGUG